AUGCUUGGUCUUGUCCCUGUGGAGGAGAUUGCUAAAAUUAUCAAACUUAUACCAUUGAUUAAAACCAAAACUCGGGAACACGGCAAGAGCACCAUUGGGAAAGUCAACUGGGCUGAUGUUGCUACUUGCUAUCAGGCUAUUUGGGAUGGACUUAAGGCAUCCUCUGUUCUAACACCAUCUGACCUUGGCCGGGAAACAAUGACAUUAUGGGUCGAAGAGAUUUUAAAAGUCUCACCACAUGGUAGACUAUCACAGCUCGGUAUUGAUGUUAUCCACGCCUUAGACGGUUUCGGGGCCACCGGUUUAAAUUUGGUAGGAGAUGUCCUUCUUCGCCGUAUUGUCCUUACGGCGGCGUCUGUGCCAGAAUCAACAAAUAUAGAUAUACCCGAUGAUGCCCUGCACGGCACCCUCCUCUAUACUCGGUCACUCCUCAAUUCAUGUCCUCCCGAGGUCGCGGUCGCACACAUUUUAAAAAUAACCGAGCUACUAGUAUUUUCACCAGUAUAUUCAAAGUGGGGUUCCCAAUCGUUGCGCAUCUGGUAUUGGGUACUGUCCCGUCUUGAUAAUGAUUUAGUCCUAUUCUCAGCCACUUCGAGGAGUAAUUUUGAUUCCGCUUCGAGUUUGACCUCGUCGACGAUUUGGGACACAAAUGGCUUGGACAUUCCAAAUCGACUUAGAAAUUUGCUUAAGUUGUGGGUCCUAGCUGUCCUGGGACACACCACAGACAGCUAUGCAAUACUAGAUUCCCGCAGACGGAAUGUAUUUCGUCGUCUUUUAUCUUCCCUCGAUCGAGCUUCAGGCCCAUUCAGAGGUACUGAUAUUUUGACCCGGCUCCGAAUAUACUUCCAAGACUCCCGUCUGCGCGUUUUAUCUGCGACAGACCUUGUUCUGUCAAAUGCUGCCGACAUAGAGUUCUCAAUAGCACAAAAGCAGUUUCGUUGGAAUAGAGAAAGCGGACAUGCUGGUGGGCCGGAUUGCCUUGACCCAGUGAUAAAAGCGACGCUCCUUAAUCCCACCCACAGUCCUAAGACAAUCAAAGAAAUCCUCCCAUACUUCUCCAUGUACACCCGAAACCGCGCAGCAAUAUAUGCUACUUUUGAUCAGCUUGCAAAAUCUACGGAUGUCACCUCCUCGUCCUUUAUCCAUCAGAUCAUCACAUUCACAGAAGCUGGUGCGAUCCCGCGCAGCGCCAUCCUGCGUCUCCUCCGCCGCCACACCCCUUUAAAAGUCGCGUUGUCCCGCUGCUGGCAGGAACCAGCACCCACAUAUGCGAUAACAGAACCUCGCGCACCACCGCCAGAUCCUUCUUUAUACCCCAACCCUAGCGAAUGUUUGCGCAUGUUGCAUAUUCUCGCCCUCGUGUUUGCUUGCACGACGACAGUAACACCAACAACGUCCUGGCGCCUGACGCAAUGGGUAUAUUUAUUCAUCGUCCAGCACCAUGGGCCUGUAUCGCCCAUAUUAGCGCGAGCGCUUUUCCAAGCUGGUGUUACGAGGUACCGUGAAGCCGGCAAACCAGUACCAAAACGUAAAUAUGCGUUUAUUAUGCAGAAGAUCAGGGAAGCGGAGGGAGCGUCUGUUGCGAAUGCACUGUUGGAUGCGGAAAUGGUUUGA